UUAGAAUAGGCCAAAUGUGAAGUCUUUCCAAGGGUGUGGCUGUGUUCAUCUUAUUCUCCAGCCCAAGUAGAACAGCAGAGAAGCGUGAGAAGGACGGACACACUCAGCAGCCAGAGGCCACCGGCAGACAGAUCGCAGCUCUGUAGACAAUAUGCUGUUCUUGGGGCAGAAGGCCUUGCUGCUUGUCUUGGCAAUCAGCAUCCCCUCUGACUGGCUACCCCUAGGGGUCAGUGGUCAACGCGGAGAUGAUGUGCCUGAGACAUUCACAGACGACCCUAAUCUGGUGAACGAUCCCUCUACAGACGAUACAGCUCUGGCUGAUAUCACACCUUCCACAGAUGACCUAGCUGGUGACAAAAAUGCUACUGCAGAGUGCCGGGAUGAGAAGUUUGCUUGUACAAGACUGUACUCUGUCCAUCGGCCAGUCAGACAGUGUGUGCACCAGUCCUGCUUCACCAGUUUACGGCGCAUGUACAUCAUCAAUAAUGAGAUCUGUUCCCGACUCGUCUGUAAAGAACAUGAAGCUAUGAAAGAUGAGCUUUGCCGGCAGAUGGCAGGCCUGCCUCCAAGGCGACUUCGGCGCUCCAACUACUUCCGACUUCCUCCCUGUGAAAAUAUGAAUUUGCAGAGACCCGAUGGUCUGUGAUCACCAAGGAAGAAAGAAGAAAAUGUGGAUGAAGGAAUCGAAAAUUCUUUCUCCUCCAACCCCUGCCAUCUGUCCCGUAGACAUGUAUUUUUAAACUAAGCCCUUUGCAAUGCCCCGGCUUCCUACCCUACUCUAAUUUUCACUGGUGCUGGUAACGUUUGUCUCAUUUUGCGGUACUGACAAUACAUUGUCUAUAUUGUGGCACGGGUUUGCUGAUUUCUGGUGUUGUAGACAAGAUGGAUAAAGGAUGGCCACUUGACUUAGAUACAUUCAGCUACAUUCAGCUCCUGCAGUAGAAAGGGGCUGGGGUGCGUGGCUCAGUUGGCAGAAAACUUACCUAACCUUUAGGUUAAUAUUUUUUUUAAAUGGUGCUAUGAAUUGAUCUCAGAGCCUCGUAUAUAAUAGUCAAUGCUCUAUCACUAAGCUAUACCCCUAUCUCCUAAGUAGAUAAUUUUAAUUAUUAAAUAUGCCAGAGACAGGAGCUUGCCAGAGGCUCGAGCCACAGAGCUUCCUUCUAGAAGUUUCCUAGGUUAACUCCUCAUUGUUUACAUAUCCUCUGUACUCACUUUCACCAUGCUUCGUGGCUUGUCCUAAAUUUUGCCCAGCAAGUCUUCAUGAUGGGAAGGUUGUGGGUGAGGCAAGAGAGAUGGCUCAAUGGUUAAGAACACUGGAUGUUCUUCCAGAGGACCUGGGUUCAGUUCCCAGCCAGCAUCCACAUGGUGGCUCACAAUCACCCAUAAGUCUAGUUCCAGAGGACCUGAGAUAUUUUCUGGCAUCCAUGGGCACUGCAUGCAUAUGUCACACAGACAUACAUGUGGAAAACACACAUAAAAAUAAAUCACUUUUUAAAAGGCAAAAA